CAACAAUAAAUAAAUAUCUCUUAUAAGAAUUUGGGAAAAAAAAAAUCCAAAGAUUAGAGAUAUUUGGGUGGAGAAAACAACCGCCUAGGACAAAAAAAAAUUGUGGGUAGAGGAGGAGGAGGAGGCUUUGUUCACACACCACACGACGGAACAUUCUCUUCCGAGUCUUAUCCAAAGCAAAAUCAUAUUUUGCUUAAAUAUCUUCUUCUCCGGCUCUGUCUCUGUCUCUCUUCUUCCCGCGGAGCUUUCAGUUUUUGUUUGGUAACAUCGUUUCUCUUUCUCACUAACUCUGAUAUCAUAUUAUCAAUUUUUCCUUUUCAACACCCAAAAUCACAAUCUUUCAGCUUUAUUCUGUUUUUCCUUGCUUGAGAAUUGUGUUCGAUUCAUGUCUACGAACUGAAAUCACAAAUUUUGCCAACGUUUUAUGAUUCCUGGUUCCGUAUUUUUUUUUUUGUAAUCAAUAGUUAGCUCAUUUCGAAUAAUCAAACUCAAUUUUAUUGUUCAUGAUUUGUUAUCUGGGAUAAAAGAGAGUAAUGUGCUAAUUAUGUAUACUCAGGUAUUGCUUGGUGUGGGGAAGAUUAGAUAGUGUGAAGAAUGGCAGUAGCUACACAUUGUUUCACUUCACCUUGUCAUGACCGUAUUCGAUUUUUCUCAAGUGAUGAUGGUAUUGGUAGGCUUGGCAUUACAAGAAAGAGGAUCAAUGGCACUUUCUUGCUCAAGAUUUUACCUCCAAUCCAAAGUGCUGAUCUCAGAACAACUGGUGGGAGAUCCUCACGUCCUUUAUCUGCAUUCAGGUCAGGAUUCUCUAAGGGGAUAUUUGACAUUGUGCCAUUACCAUCAAAGAAUGAGCUGAAAGAGCUGACCGCUCCGCUGUUGCUAAAACUCGUGGGUGUUUUAGCUUGCGCGUUCCUUAUUGUUCCAUCUGCAGAUGCAGUUGAUGCACUUAAAACUUGUGCAUGCUUAUUGAAGGGAUGCAGGAUAGAACUCGCAAAGUGCAUUGCCAACCCUGCCUGUGCAGCCAAUGUCGCGUGCCUUCAGACCUGCAAUAACCGUCCAGAUGAAACCGAGUGCCAGAUUAAAUGUGGGGAUCUGUUUGAGAACAGUGUUGUUGAUGAGUUCAACGAGUGUGCUGUGUCGAGAAAAAAGUGUGUUCCUAGAAAAUCUGAUCUCGGAGAAUUUCCUGCCCCAGACCCUUCUGUUCUUGUACAGAACUUCAACAUCUCGGACUUUAACGGGAAGUGGUACAUUACAAGUGGCUUGAAUCCAACCUUUGAUGCCUUCGACUGCCAGCUGCAUGAGUUCCACACAGAAGGUGACAACAAGCUUGUUGGAAACAUCUCUUGGAGAAUAAAGACCCUAGACAGUGGAUUCUUUACUAGGUCAGCCGUACAAAAAUUCGUGCAAGAUCCUAACCAACCUGGUGUUCUCUACAAUCAUGACAACGAGUACCUUCACUAUCAAGAUGACUGGUAUAUCCUGUCAUCAAAGAUAGAGAAUAAACCUGAAGACUAUAUAUUUGUAUACUACCGUGGGCGAAACGAUGCUUGGGAUGGAUAUGGUGGUGCAGUUGUAUACACGAGAAGUUCUGUAUUACCCAAUAGCAUUAUACCAGAACUCGAAAAAGCAGCAAAAAGCAUAGGCAGAGACUUCAGCACAUUCAUUAGAACGGAUAACACAUGUGGUCCUGAACCUGCGCUCGUGGAGAGAAUUGAGAAGACAGUGGAAGAAGGUGAAAGGAUAAUCGUAAAAGAGGUUGAAGAGAUAGAAGAAGAGGUAGAGAAGGAAGUGGAGAAGGUCGGUAGGACUGAGAUGACCUUGUUCCAGAGAUUGGCUGAAGGAUUUAAUGAACUGAAGCAAGACGAGGAGAAUUUCGUGAGAGAGUUAAGUAAAGAAGAGAUGGAGUUUUUGGAUGAGAUCAAAAUGGAAGCAAGUGAGGUUGAAAAAUUGUUUGGGAAAGCUUUGCCAAUCAGGAAGGUCAGGUAGAAACAAGAACCACCAUUGUUGUACAAACUAUAUUAUACAUACUGUGUUCGGUUCAUAUAAAGUAAUAUUUUUGUACACAGUCAUCAUCAUUCCAUAACAAUUGGAUACAGAAAACACAAGGAUUAAACAUCCUUUGAGCGAAACAAACAACGAUUGGUAAACAUAGUACCUCAAGAAGAGCUGAAAGUGUUAACAAUGGGGAUGACAACAUUUAGAAUGAUCAAGAGGAUUAAGUCAACUGGGUAUCUUUGUAAACAUUCACCAUUUCAUUGAAAUUGGAUACAAGACACGAAAGGAUUAAGACAUCCUUGAAGAACACAAAAGGAUUAAGACAUCCAUUGGUACAAAGAAGAGCGAAACAAAACAAAAGGAGUGAACAUAGCCAGUAUCUCAAGAAGAGCUGAAACUGGUAAUGAUGGGGAUGACAACAAUGAGAAUGAUCAAAAGCAGCACAAUGAUACCAAUGCACAUCCAUUUUCUGCUGUUUCUCUGAUGACUCUUUGCAGUCUUCAGCUCAUUAGCUCCAUCAGCCACGUAAUGGCUCGCAUUAAUCACAUGAUGCUCGAUCUCGUCCAUCUGUUCACCUUGCGAUUCAACCAUC